CCUCCCCCCUCUUCUCCUUCCCUCCCUCCCCUCCCUCUCUCCUACUGCCUCCCUCUCUGCCUCCUUCUUUCCUAUCCCCUCUCUCUGUGAUACGUUUCUCGCUAUUUGACUUUUUAUUCUGUUUUCUUUCUAUAUAUCCCUCGCUCUCCGAGCACACUCUGUCCCCUUCCGUCUAUCCCGGUCUCUCACUCUCUCUGUCUCCCUGCACCUUUCUAUCUCCCCUUUUGUCUUGUCCCCUCUCGUUCGUCCUUCCCCUUCACCCCACUAUCUUUCUCUCUCCCUCGCUGCCCCUUCACCUCUUCCCUCCCCCAUGGUUCUUUAAUAUAACCGCUGUAUUUGCAUUUUCCUGCUUUCACUUCCCUCUGUUCCGGGAGCCGAGCUGUAGCCGGGGGCAGCCUCUCCAAGUUCGAGCUGGAGAUGUCCGCCGACUGCACGGAGCGGCGCCCUGCCUUGGGCUGGGGUUGGCGCGACCCCGACCCUGCGCCACACUCAGUCACUGGAGAGAGUGGUGUCAGCCCAGACGAUGACCAGUGGGACAGUGAGGAGGCUGCGGACUGGGUUUCUGACCUGCAGAGUGAGACGUUACUGAAGGAGAUGCAGCAGUCCUCCAUGCAGAUAAUUGCGGAGCUGGAUGAGCUCGAGACACAGCUAGCGGUCGAGAGGGCAUGCCGGGAGAGUGCGGAGGAACUCGCUGUGAAGCUCAGCAAAGAGAACCGCAAACUGCAGCGGAUGAGCCUGGUCCUGCAGCCUGUGUGGGAGAAGCUGCCAGAGGACAUCGCCCAGCUGGCACCGGGAACGGAGGAGAGCGCUGAUCCCAGCGAGGAUCCUGUCUACCAGUACCAGCUCCAGAUCAAAGAUUUACAGGAGAGAAUCACCCAGCUCCUGGAGGAGAAGAAGCAGUUGACGGGCAAGGUGACCGAACUGGAACUGCGAGUGGCUGAGCUGCUGGAGAAGGCAGAGAAGGAGCAGAGGGAGAAGAGGUUGCUGAAGGACACUCUCAACAAGCAGAACAAGAACCUUCAGCGGCUCAGUACAGUCUCCACCCUGGUGACCCAGGAAUACCAGGAGCUACAGCAGAACCUGGAGCUGGAGCAGAAUCUCAGGCAGCGGGCAGAGAGCUACGCCCACCAGAUGCGAGUGAAGAAGCAGGAGGCAAACCGGCAGAGUCUGCUCCUCCUGGAGAAAACGGAGCCCAGCGUCCAGCUGCUCAAGGCCCUGGAGGAGGCGAGCGCCGCACACCGGACCCUCGAGGAGGAGCGCUUCCUCCACGAGAAACAGGUGAAGGAGCUGCAAACGCAGCUCGAGGGGAGUGAGCACAGGAAGGAGGUGGACAGGCUCCGGCUCCUUUUGCAGUUGGCAGACGAACAUCAAGCCGAGCUUGAGAACCAAGUCCAGGAGGCCGAGAAAAGGAAUCAGGAGCUCGAAACCAAAGUCAGAGACCUUCAGCAGGAACAGAGCUCCUCGGACCGUCCGAUGUGUGAGGUGGACGAGGGGGCUGCCAGCAUAACCCCACCACCACCACCACCCCCACCCCCACCACCACCACCACCCCCCCCUCUGCCCCCCCAAAGCGCAGCCCCUAUCGACCCUUUGGCAGAGUUACUGCGAAGACGACAGAAGGAUGGGCAGAAGAAAGAGGACGGCCCGAGCACCCUCUCUGAUAUCAAGGGGAGGGCCGUGAACGAGAUGAUGGAGAGAAUCAAAAACGGCGUGGUCCUCAAACCCACAAAGAGGAAGACAGAGCUCACGGACGCAAAGCCUUCCGACACAGAGAGCAAGGGCUCAGCUGUGAUGGAACUCCAAGGAAUUCUGAACACGAUGGGGAAGAGGAAAGUCCAGCAGAAGAGCUGGAGGAAUGACAAGAGACAGAACGAGCUGGACGCUAUCCUCCAGAGGCGGAGGAAGGUGACAGAGACGGCAGCAGGGCCCAAGGAGAAGAAGACGGAGGAUCCAGAGCAGAACAGGCCCUUUCGAAACAGUCGCUCAGCAACCUCCCACAUCUCCAGACUAAUCACAGGAUAAUUUACAAAGACCAACUGGUACGUCUUUGGACUGUGGGAGGAAACCCACUCAGUCACAGGGAGAACGUACAAACUCCUCACAGACAGUGGUGGGAAAUGAACCUGUGUUUCUGGCACUGUAAAGCAUUGUGCUAACCAUGAUGCCCCAGUCAUACGAUACCAAGAAGUUUCCAGAAUCUUACAAAGAACUCUACCCACUCAGGGACAGACUGAACAAUUGCAUAUGCAUGCUGUGACCACUAGGGGACAGACUGAACAAUUGCAUAUGCAUACUGUGACCACGAGGGGACAGACUGAACAAUUGCAUAUGCAUACUGUGACCACGAGGGGACAGACUGAACAAUUGCAAAUACAUAGGGUGACCACUAGGGGACAGACUGAACAAUUGCAUAUGCAUACUGUGACCACUAGGGGACAGACUGAACAAUUGCAUAUGCAUACUGUGACCACUAGGGGACAGACUGUACAUUGCAAAGACAUAAAAAUACAACUGCAGAUGCUGUGGAUCAAAGGAUACGAACACAACGCUGGAAGAACUCGGCAGGCCAGGCAGCAUCCGUGAGAAAAGAGCAGCUUUUCUUUCCUGAUGAAGGGUCUCGGCCCAAAACGUUGGCUACUCUUUUCUCACCGAUGCUGCCUGGCCUGCUGAGUUCUUCCAGCGUUGUGUUUGUAUUGCAAAUACAUGUUGUGACCACUAGGGGACAGACUGAACAAUUGCAAAUACAUACUGUGACCACUAGGGGACAGACUGAACAAUUGCAAAUACAUACUGUGACCACUAGGGGACAGACUGAACAAUUGCAAAUACAUACUGUGACCACUAGGGGACAGACUGAACAAUUGCAAAUACAUACUGUGACCACUAGGGGACAGACUGAACAAUUGCAAAUACAUACUGUGACCACUAGGGGACAGACUGAACAAUUGCAAAUACAUACUGUGACCACUAGGGGACAGACUGAACAAUUGCAAAUACAUACUGUGACCACCAGGGGACAGACUGAACAAUUGCAAAUACAUAUGGUGUCCACUAGGGGCAGACCAAACUGUUACCUGUAUACAGGUAGUUAUGUAAAAUACAACCAGGUACAUAGUGGAACUGCACAUAAAAUAACAAUUAUACAGUCUAAUCCAACAGGAACAAAGAGAGAGGCAGGGUGGAAGGAUGGGAUUUGACUUUUCCCACACAGAGGGUGGUGGGUGGGUGAAGUGUGUGGCCAAAGGAAGUGGUUGAAGUGGGUAUAAUUGCGACAUUUAAUGAACAUUUGGACAGAUAGCGAAAGUUCAGAAGGAUGCAGGUAAAUGGGACUAGCUCAGAUAGGAACGGUGGUCGGCACAGAGCAUGUGGGCCGAAGGGGCUGAGUCCGCGUUGUACAACUCUGUAACUCUGAGAGAGUCGAAGCACGGAACAAUCUCGUUGAGUGAACAAAGAAGCUGGAGGAGGAAAUUGACCUGAUCCUGUGCAAUGUGAUGGAGAGAGAGGGAAAGGGAGAGUGGAGGGAGAGAGGCACGAGAG